AUGGGUAGAAAGAAAAAUCUUGCUAAGCACUCCCAAAAAAACGGAGAUAAUCAACACGGAAGCACCUCAGACAUUGAUACAGAUUAUGAUGGUAUGAAUAUAUCUGAUGAUCCAAAUGCUAUAGAAUAUAAAAUAAUACACGCAAAACACCCUUUUGAAAAAAGAAAAUUCAUUGAAUCAAGGGUUGUAACACCAUCGCAGCGUGCAAUUACUUGUUGUAUUCAAAUGAAUAAUGGCUGGGCGUCGGCAGCAGAUCUUUUACAAUUUCUCCAAAAUAAUUGGAGCUUCAUAGGUAAACUUAACUCCAAACUUCCAAACAACAUGCCAGAUACAAGAAUUCUUCAUAUAAAUUUAGCGGUUAAAAAGAAGAACAUUCCGCUUUUUAUACAAGAUCCAAACAAACCUCAUUACUGGACAGUCAACUCAUCAACAGAUUUUGCUCAAUUGCAAGAUAAAACCAAAUAUAAUAUACCAAAUCAGCAACCCGGUGAAGUUUCUAAGGUUGAAGGAGAGGUAACACCAGAUGAGCCAACAUCCCUUGAGGAAAUUUAUAAAAUGGAAAACAAAGAUUCUUUCGAAGCUCAUAUUCACGAAGCAUUGAAGAGUUAUGAACAUGGAGUUACUCUGGAAGAGCUUGCAGAAGCUACAAAGAAACAUGAAGGAGAACCUGGCCUCUUCCAAAUACUUCCUCAUGUGAGACGUGUUCGUGCUGUCUUAAUUGUGAAGAAGUCUAUCGGAGAAGUAUUCGAAAAGAACGGAGUAUGGACUUGCUAUACAGAACCAACUAAAAUUCCUGAAGUUGCACAUACCGAUUUUUACCCUGCUUGCUUGCGAACUGUUGAUGUGACUGAAUUAACUCUUGAUGAGUUUUACAAUAUAAUCAAGUCAAGUAAGGUGUGA